AUGGUCACCCAGUUUGGCAUGUCCGAGGUCGGCUCCCUCGCAAUCGAUGACGGCGGCUUCACGGGCCCCGACUACUCGGAGGAGCUCAGCGAGAAGAUCGACCAGGCCAUCAAGAACAUCUCGGAUGAUUGCUACCUCAACGCACUGAACAUCCUGAUGACCAACCGUGCGUGCCUGGAUCGUGUGGCCGACGAGCUGACAGAGCUGGAGACCAUGACCGGCGAUCGCCUUCGGGAGAUUAUCGCCGAGUACGCGGAGAUCCCUGCCAAGCUCGCGGCUGUUUGA